UUAGCGUUCAUCCUAGGAGCAUACUAGUACCGUUUCAGAAGUGCCUGAGUUUCGUGGCUGUGCACCGCCUUCAACCUCUAGCUCCCUCAACAUCACAUAUCCACAACCCACCACAUCCCUCUUCUGUACCCCCACCGCUCAUAUCUCGCAGUAUUCACCCCUAAAAACACUCAUCCCUAGGCCCCCUAUCUCUGCAAACCUCCUACCUCCCAACAAACCAUGUCCCUAACCCACCGCUACCCCGAAAAGCGCACCCGCCACAAGCGCUCCCUGGGAAAAUACAUCAAAUUCUUCUUCUCCACCUGCUCGCUCUGCGAAAAGCUAACCGUCGAGUCGCUCCUCAGCCCCGCGGGCUUCCAGCACGCCCGCGAUUGGAACGAGUUCUGGGACUCGUUGGACUGCAUGCUGUGUCGGCGGCUGUGGCCGGACGCUAAGUCUAUCCUCAUGGAGUUUAAAAGAGCGGGUAGGACUGGUGGUACGGGUGUGAGGCUGAAGAUUGAGCAGACGGGCAGUGGGAGCGUGCUCAGGGCGUUUAUGGAUGGCGGGUUGGUGCGCGCGGAGAGUGCGGGGAGGAGGCUGGAGAUGUAUGUUACGGUGGGGGAGGAGGAUGUUGCGAGGGGGUUGGGCGUUACGUGGGAGAGGGAGAGGGCGUUUUCGGGGUCGGGGUGGCAUUUAGAGAGGGCGAGUAGGUGGAUGGGGGAGUGUGAGGAAGGGCAUGAUUGUGAGGAUGUCGCAGAGGGAAGGGGUUGGCCAGGGCGGCUUAUUGAUGUAGGUGGUGGGGAGGAUGGAGUGAGGCUGGUUUCUACGCCGAAGGAGGAGAAACGGCUCAGGUACGCGACGCUUAGUCAUUGCUGGGGUGCGGCGGGGCUCCCUGAUUCUGCUAAGACGACAAUGGAUACGCUGGAGGAGAGGGAGGCCGGUAUUGCUGUGGAUACGCUGCCUCGAACUUUCCGCGAAGCUAUCGAGGUGACUCGCCGCCUGGGCCUGGAUUAUCUCUGGAUUGACGCGCUCUGCAUCGUCCAAGGCUCUUUAGAAGACUGGAGGCACGAGGGCGAAAGAAUGGACGCCAUCUACAGCAACUCUACCGUCACACUUGCCGCAGAAUCGAGCGAAGACUCGAGAGGAGGGCUGUUCACUGACAACGUAGGCCCGGACGAAGGAAUGAGUGUCCCCAUCACGAUCACGAGCCCCCUAUCCGACGGCCAGACUGCCACACUCAUCUUCCGCGCAUCCGAUUCUCGCUCUUUAAAAACCGAGGCGCGGCAUCUCCAGUCCCGGGCGUGGGCCUUGCAAGAGCGCGUAGUAUCCCCUCGCAUCCUGCACUUCUUCGACGUUGGGAUCCUCUGGGAAUGCCGACGGCAUUACGAAGUAUGGCACGAGCCCUCCGCAAACGUGCCUUCAUACUGCAUCUCGCAUAUCGGAGCACAGUUUGGGAAAGAGUUUAUGGCCCCACGGGUGGCAUACGUGAACUUCCAGAAAGAGCAGUUGCUGAUGGAAAGCCUGCACUACUCCACGCUCGAAGAACUGCAGCGAGUACGCCAGAUGCUCAAGGAAAGAGACUUCGAAUUGCCGCGCUGGGCAUUGUACAGGCCCUGGUUCCGCUACAUCUUACCCGAGUAUACGCACCGGAGGCUGACGUUCAAAUCGGACAAGCUGCCGGCUAUAAGUAGCAUCGCGAGAGCGCUGCACCGGCAGACGGGUUCGACGUACCUUGCGGGCCUUUGGGAAGAAGAUAUCGCAUUUGGACUAGCAUGGCAUCCAUCAUCGGAAGUCACUGAGACCAAGCAAAGAGUUUACGUCAGUAUGCCUACUGCGAUUCCUCGUCCUUCGUGGAGUUGGGCGUCGUACGAUUUUGGCUGCACGUGGCGGAUCUAUACCAGCGAUGCUGGGUAUUGGGAUCAAGACAUAGAGAAGACGUUCUUCAACUCGCACAUCGUGCUCCGAUCAUACGAGAUGGAGCUUGCAGGUACCGAUCCCUUUGGCGAGGUUCGCGGCUGCAAACUGCACAUUCGCGGGAAGGCGUUUCCAGGAGACCAUGUGAUGAGUGCAGACGGACAGGACCAGAAGAGUUCGAUAUAUCUGCAAUGCCGGGAUGGAAAGACGCGCGGGUGGACGCGUGCCGGACCGGUACGUGGCCUUUCGCAGGCCUGGAUGCUCCAGGAACCCGUGGAGAAGAUGCCGGAGACGGUCUGUCUGUUGCUCUGUUCCGACAGGGAAUACGCCGUUUUGGUACUGAGGAAUGUUGAAUCGAAUACGUUUGAGCGGAAGGAUAUAUUCUGGCUUUCGCCGACAGAUAUAGGCGAAAACGAAGGCGCGCAGCUCAGGCACGAAUUCGAAUACUGGAUGGAAAACGGAGAGGAGGAAGACUUCGUGUUAGUAUAAAUGAAAAGCCCCACGCAAAGCUUUCCAUGAUGAAUGUACCGCCCCUAUGACACCGCCUGCGCAACCGACAAAAUGCGCAGCCAGCUCUAAUGGAGCACUUGUAUUCCCUCUCCGCAUCGCUAAAUCGCAGAAUACCCAUGGAGUCUCGAGUCGCUUCGAUACAAAACGUAAGGAUGCUAGUGAGAUGAGUGGCUGAACUGUCUGAUGGAUGCGUUGAGGGAGGAAGAGAGGUGAGGUUGGCGGAGAAAAUUUAUGGACGGGGAAGCGAAGCGCGCUAGUACUGGAGUAGAUUAGCGCGCCGAGGCUCGUGUCAGAGCCUGGAGCCUACGCGAAGGAUGAGGGCAGUCCGAAUAUGAAUGAGAAAAGAAGGGAAUGAAAAAGGGCAGUUGCAUGUUUG